CAGUUACUGUCUAAGGUCAACUUUGAAUAUCGUGAUUAAUAAAAUAAUUAUCACUGUGCUUACAUAAAAUAUACAUUUUACAACAGUUUUAAUGCAAUAAGAAUACAGUUUCAGUGAUAAGAGGGAAUCUAUCUACACGAGGGAAUGGAGAUAGCGAAGGAACUUAUAUUAACUCUCAAGCAAAAUAAUAAGUCGCACGUUGGAUAUGGAUUGCAAAAGGAGUGUGAAGCUCUUGUUGGGCACAUUUUACAAAAUAUGGUCAGAUCUCAGAUGCCUCCUCUGCACGCUGUAACGAAAAACAAGGAAGAUUCUAUUAGAUAUAGAGAAGAAGGUAAUCAACACUUUGUGAUGGGUGAUGAUCUGGAAGCUAUCGAGUAUUACACUCUGAGCUUGGCAUAUGCUGAUAGUGAUGAACUUAUGGCAUACGCACAUGCAAAUCGAUCCGCUGCUUUAUAUAGGAAACAAUUGUAUAAGGAAUGCCUGAUAGAUAUUGAUGCAGCUUUAUAUCACGGAUAUCCAAAAGAGAAACAGAAAAACUUGAAGGACAGAGGGGAUAAAGCGAUAACGGAGAUAAAAAAGUUGCUGCAACUAGACUCGAAGGAUAUUGAUGAUCAGAGAAUUACAAAUGAAUCAUAUUUAUACGAUAGUAUCGAGAGAUCUGUUACAGAAGACGUAGAGAAUAGGGCAAUGAUGAUAAACGAUGAAGGAAUCCCGCAGAAACAAGGUACGGCAACUAAUGAGAGUUAUCUUCAUUAUGCGAAGAUCCCUCCGCGGAAACCGAGAUAUUUGCAAGAAGAGAACUUCUCCAAGUUAAUGAACGGUCCAAGCCGAGAAAUUCCCGCUGUUAGUGAUGGCGUCAUGAUAUUCUUCUCUGAGAGAUAUGGCAGACACUAUAUAGCGACACGGGAAUUUAAACCUGGUGAUAUAAUCAGCAUUGAAGAUCCGUAUGCACACGUUAUCUAUGAAGAACGGUAUUAUACACAUUGCCACUAUUGUCUAGCCAGAAGCUACAAUCUAAUACCGUGCUCAGAAUGCCCGAUAGCUCAGUAUUGCUCUGAGAAUUGCAGGAAGCUGGCGUGGGAAGCGUGUCAUGAGACAGAAUGUCCAAUUCUAAAGUUGUUGACGAACUUGCUCAAUGUUGACAAAGAUAAAAUAAGAAUGAUUUCGAAGAUCAUUCGAUUGCUGAUUGUAGUGACCGAGAAUGGAACUAGAAUUAAAGAACUGCAGCAAGAUAUGAAAACUGCAGAAUCUAAUUCAGACAAUAGAACGGCAGGAUUUACAGAUACUGGGAUAUUAGACAGUUUUAGCGCCCGGUCCGCACUGAGUCUGGCGACCAAUAUGACUACGAGACCGCUAAUCGGGAUCAGCGCGUUCGCCUGCAUCUCGGCCCUUGCGGUAAUCCUUCUAGCUACGCAGACAAAAUUUUUUCCUAAGAAAUAUGAGAUUGAUGAUUUGAAGGAUAUCAGCGAAUUUUCUGAGCUCAAAUUUUGCGCCAGUAUUAUGUUUCGUGCUUGUGUAAUAAUGUCUUCUAACUGUUUUUCAAUACAACAAGAACCAGGAAUUGUGUCGGGUUCGGGAUUAUAUGUGGCUCACAGUCUAUAUAAUCAUUCUUGCGCACCAAAUACUUUUCGACAUUUCGAGGGACUGACCAUGAUCACGCGUGCCUUAACACCUAUACAUCCCGGAGAUCAAAUAUUCACAAGCUACGGCGGUGUUUACGCGCACAUGCCACGAUCUGAGAGAAAGCAAAAGAUACUGCAAGAUUAUUUUCUCGAUUGUGAUUGUUCGGCGUGCAAAAAUGACUGGCCGACGUAUAAUGAGAUUCUGCGAGAACAUAUUGGAUCUAUCUCCAAAAAUAAGCAACUCGUCGAAAAACUGACGCCUUUCAGGGAGAGAUUACUCGCAAAUAUGUACGAUAUCGAGGCGGUGAAGGACGUUCUAGACAUACUAUACAAGGAAGUUAAUAAACAUCCAUGUGAAGAAAUACUCCACGCGGAACAGUAUUUAAAGAGCUAUUAUUUGGAUCCAUGAACUGUCAAGAAAUAUUAAUGGUAAGAUUACAACAUAUUGUUUCAAGAAAUAUUUUUUUCUUUAGAACAUUAUAAUAUCUAAACGUUAACUUAUUAUUAAUGAGACAAUUUGUAUUACGAUCAAUGUUGCGUGAAAU